AUGGGUAAUGAGCUAGAAUCUGUUUGCUGCCGCGAGGUUUCAGAAGUUGCUGCUCAUGUGCCAGAGGGGGCGAAAUGCAUAACAAGUCACCCCAGUUUUGAACCUGUAUGCCUCAACAUCUACGCCCUGCAGCAACUGCCCAAGGUAAAAAAUUUGGUGUUUAUAUACGUGAAGACAAAUAAAGCACUUCAUGUGCAACAGUACAGGUACACAGCAUACAGACAGUUUGUCAGAUGGAUAUGGGUGUGGCUAGGCCGGCGAAAUCGGAAGGUGCUGCCAAGCUGCGUGGUGAAGGAGAUAAGAAAUGCUUUUCCCUCAGAAUAG